CUUUCUGAUAAGCACACUUCUCUUCAGACUGAAUGGAUAUGGAAAUUCCAAACUCCGCACUAAAACCAGUGGAUUAACCCUUCUUCUUCUUUUUUUUUUUUUUGUACUGUGAAAAUUAUCUCGUGGGAGUUUAAUGACUGCAGGAUCUGGAUCACAAUACAAUCAUGGCUUUUGGCAAAACUGUUAAAGACCCCUUCAUUACCCCAGUUGGGCAGCUCAUUGCAAUAAGCACAAUUGGAACACAGAAAUCAGAAGAUUGGGGCCAAUUUAUGAAUAUCUGCGAUGUCAUUAAUUCCACAGUUGAUGGGCCAAAGGAUGCAGUAAAAGCUUUAAAGAGAAAGAUCAGCAAAAAUUACAAUCAGAAGGAAGUGGGCCUUUCACUUUCACUGUUGGAUAUGUGCAUGCAGAACUGUAAUUCAACUUUCCAGUCCUUGGUGCUAAAAAAGGAGUUCUGCAAGGAUGUGUUGGUCAAACUGUUAAAUCCAAAGUACAAUCUACCUGUCAACUUGCAGAACAGAAUUCUCCGCUUGAUCAUGACAUGGGCCACAAGUUUGCAAGGGAAUGUAGACUUGGCUGAGGUCAAAGAGUUAUAUUUGGAGCUGAUUAAGAAAGGAAUUCAGUUCCCUUCAUUGGAUGCUAAUGGCGAAACAACUAUAGAGACACAAAAGAUCAAUGAACAAGUCAAUUUAUCUGACAGCUGUACUUCCUCAUCAUGUUUAGAAACGGGUCAGCACCUCUCACCUGAACAGAUCGGGAAAUUAUACAGUGAGCUGGAUAUGGUGAAAAUGAAUGUGAAGGUGAUGUCAGAAAUAUUACUGGAGAAUCCGCCAGGAGCAGAGAUACCACAAGACAUGGAACUAUUACAGGAACUUCAGAAAGCAUGCCAGGAAAUGCAAGUGAGGAUCUUAAAGCUACUGGAAAUCGUACAAAAUGAGGAUGUAAUCAUUGAACUGGUGCAAGUCAAUGACGAUUUGAAUAAUAUUUUCCUGAGACACAAAAGGUACUCUCGCACUAGAGGUAACCAAGCAGAGGAGACCAUCAGACAGCAGGAUAGUCAGGCGACAUUUAUCAAUGAACCUUCAGCUCCUUCAAGUGAGAUCAUUGAAAUCAACCUUGCGCCUCUACCUAGCACACAGAAUCAGACCAAUGGGUACCCGAUGCCUGCUGUUCUUUCAGAGAUCACUCCACAAAGAGCUCACAAUUCCGAUAUUGCCAACGCACAACUGCCUCAGGAGAUCUGCAGUAACUCUAUGUAUCCACAGCUGGACUUACUGGAACUGAGGGAGGCUGUAAAUACCCCGUUUGCAUUUGGAGUACAGAGUCAGCUACCGAAGCUUCCUCCCAGGUCUCUGUAUGACAAUAUCCUACAUGAUACAUCUUUCCUUCCAUUAGCCCAGAAUGGAACACCUCUUUUCCAAGGAGUACCAAUGUCAUCUCCUUUCCUCCCAACAAUUCAACAUUCAACACCUGUUCUGCCCCCACCUCCCAACUCAUCACCUCUUUUGCCUGUAAAUUCAAACCUACUUCCUGCCAUCCCAAUUCUGAGUCCUACUAUUGUGCCAACAUCGAAAGACUCUACCAGAACACUGGCAGAAAAAUCAGAUGAUUCCAAUAUCAGUGCACCAUUGCCAAAUUACUACGAGCUCCUAGAAUUUGAUCCACUUACUAAAGGCAAUGGGACAGAGGGGACAGAGGCUAUUUAUGAAGAAAUUGACAUGACGCCAUGGAAACAGAAGAAGGGUACUGAGUGCUAGAACUCUUUGUAUGGUCACCAGCUCACUGAUGGCUGAGAUGGACACAUGGAUGUAUUGUGACAAAAGAACGACUGAUGUUGCAGAUGCCAUUGACAUGCCAAGAAGCCAGCAGCAUAAAGUGUUCCAUUAAGCAAGAUUUUAUGUGUAGAAUUUUAAUCUUAUUACACGUUCUCAAACACAAUACAUGUAAAGAAAAUCUAUCAUAGCCAUGUGUCGUGUUGAACGAUGUUUGAGAACAUUGCUAGAAUACUGCAUCCAUACUAUAUAGUAUUUGUGUAGUAUGUAUUUUCAUGUCUCAUAUGGUGACACAAAUGUGUGCCUGUGUGCUUAGAUAAAUUCAGGAGUAACUGGAAUGAUAGGUAGUUCUAUACGUGAUAAAUUUACAUAAUGCAGUAGGUCUACUUGCAAUCUAUAACAGGUUCACUGUCAAUGUGCUUAAAAAGAAAUGUAAUAUUUAUAAGUAAAAAUAUUUUUUUAUAAUUAUUGUUCUGAAUCUACAGCUGUGUCCUCAUUCAUCUAGCCUCAUACACAGCAAGAUGCUUGGCGCAACUGAGACCCACAGAUGGGUAGCGUACCUUACCCUUUCAUUAAACAUAGCAUCGUAGUCACAUAGUAGCUGCUUACAAAGCCACAGUGUACUAGAGAUCUUAAGACACGUCUUUUGUCGCAGAUGAAUUGGUGCAACCUAUGUACAAAGUCGCGGAUUUACCAUAAUGGUCGUGACCGCUCACAUAGGAACCUUUUUUACACAGAUGUGUGACUGAGGGAUCUCUGUACUAGCCAAUCAGCUCCUAACUGCCAUGCUACAUGCUGUGCUUGAAAAAUUACAAGAGCUGGUUGGUUGGGACUUUACUUCAAUCCACUUUAUCCAAGGCUUAUACUUGGACCCCUUAGGGAGGACAUGUACUAAACAGUGAUAAAAGAAAAGUGAGCCAGUGGAGA